AUGUCCUACAGCUGCUGCUCUGGAAACGUCUCCUCCAACUCCUUUGGGGGGUACGUGCGCUACCCAAGCUCCUCCUGCCCCAGCAACCUGGUCUACCGCACUAACUCCCGCUCUCCCAGCACCUGUCAGCUGAGCUCCUCCCCUGCUAGUGCCUGUCAGGAGACCUGCUGUGAGCCCACCAGCUGCCAGACAUCUUGUGUGGCGUCCAGACCUUGCCAGACACCCUGCUACCUCCCGAGGACCUCCACGCUCUGCAGUCCUUGCCAGACGACUUGCUCUCGGUCUCUGAGUUUUGGGUCCAGCAGCUGCCGUUCCCUGGGCUAUGGAUCCAGAAGCCGCUACUCACUGGGUUGUGGAUCCCAGGGCUUCAGAUAG